UGCGUUCGCUCUCGUUGUGAGGGCAGAAUCUUAGUAGUGUGCUAGGGCACUGUUUAGGAGACGAAUGAAAGCAAUGUGAAGAAACAGCACUCUGAGUUGGCCGGUCCUCUGGUCGUGGACUGUACAGUGCUGUGCAGUUUACUAGAGUAUGGGAAUUUUGUAAACACUACCACAAAUAUAGAGGAAAUCCUCAUUUUAGCAUAAGGAUACUAAGGUACAGUCCAGGUUCUGCCUUUGCAGGUUAUUCGUACCACUCCAUUCAAUUCCAUACCAGAACACUAUGGUCAUGGCGGACUCAAACCAUACACAGUUAAAACGGGCUCCGGUUCGUGUGGGAUUUUAUGAUAUCGAGCGCACCUUAGGAAAAGGAAAUUUUGCUGUUGUGAAGCUGGCGAGACAUCGUAUCACAAAGAGCGAGGUCGCCAUAAAAAUCAUAGAUAAGACUCAACUAGAUGCAGCAAACCUCGAGAAGAUCUACAGAGAGGUGAAGAUCAUGAAGCUCCUGGAUCAUCCUCACAUUAUCAAGCUUUACCAGGUCAUGGAGACCAAAAACAUGCUAUACCUGGUAACAGAGUAUGCCAAAAACGGAGAGAUAUUCGAGUACCUGGCAAGUCGGGGGCGAUUGAGUGAAGCGGACGCACGGCGGAAGUUCUGGCAGAUCCUCUCGGCGGUGGAAUACUGCCAUGAACGCCGAAUCGUUCAUCGAGACCUGAAGGCUGAGAACCUGCUGUUAGACGCCCACAUGAACAUCAAAAUAGCAGACUUUGGCUUUGGGAACUUCUUUCAGCCGGGGGAGCCUCUGGCCACGUGGUGCGGUAGUCCCCCUUACGCUGCCCCGGAGGUGUUUGAAGGUCAGCAGUAUGAAGGCCCACAGCUGGACGUCUGGAGCAUGGGGGUGGUUCUGUACGUGCUGGUUUGCGGAGCCCUGCCUUUCGACGGUCCCACGCUUCCCAUUCUGAGACAGCGUGUCCUGGAAGGUCGUUUCCGCAUCCCGUACUUCAUGACUGAGGACUGUGAGCACCUGAUCCGACGGAUGCUGGUUCUGGAUCCGGCCAAGCGCCUCUCCCUAAGUCAGGUCAGAGAACAUCGCUGGAUGGUCCAGGAGAUGCCGUCUCAGAGGCCUGUGCUCUACAGGCAAGGCGUGCCCGCGGAGAGCAAGGACAGCGUGGGAGAACACAGCGAGCAGGUGCUGCGUCUGAUGCACAGCCUGGGCAUCGACCAGCAGAAGACAAUAGAGUCUCUACAGAACAAAAGCUAUAAUCACUUUGCUGCUAUCUACUAUUUACUGGUGGAAAGACUCAAAGCCCAUCGCAGCAGUUUCCCUGUGGAUCAGCGUCUCCACGCCAGCCAACGGCGGCCCAGUACCAUCGCCGAGCAGACUGUUGUCAAGGCUAGUGGAGUGCCUGCUCAGGUGGGACUCCACCCCCAGCCUGCUCGACACCUGCCUUCCCCUGUUCUCCUGCAGACUUCCACAGACACGUUUGUUUUCCCACAAGCCCCUGCUCCUUCAGAAAAUGCAUUCAUGGCGGAAGAAGUGGCCACGCCCAAGGUCAACGGGAGCCUUCUGGACCCGCUCCCGCCGGUCGUCGUCCGGAAGGUCAGCGGCUCCCUGCCCAGCAACGUCAUGGAGACGUCCAUCGACGAAGGCAUCGAGGCAGAGGAGGAAGCCGCGGUGCCCCCAACUGCCUUUCAGACGGCGCGUUUCAGCCAGCGUCGGCACACCCUGUCUGAGGUCACCAACCAGCCUGGCACACUGACUAUGACAGGGAAGCUGCUGUCCAUGGGUUUGAACCCAUCUCUGGGAAGCAUGGACUCUGAGUGCGACAUGGGCUCUACACACAGUGACCUCAGCCUGCCAGAAGAGUCUCCGGCUCUGAGGGCCGCGGUGUUGGCCAAUAACCCUGUCAAUCACGCAGCUCCCUCCAUCUUCAACAUGAAACCAGUCAACCCUGCGCUACAGACGCUGAACUCAGAAAAGAGGGAGAGCCACAGUCACUCCCCGGUAGGCUUUCGGGAAGGACGUCGCGCAUCAGACACCUCCCUCACACAAGGACUGGUGGCUUUCAGACAGCACCUCCAGAACCUGGCUAGAACCAAGGGGAUCUUGGAGCUUAACAAAGCUCAGAUGGCGUUAGGAUCUGAAGGGGCAGAUGCAAUGUCUCCCUUAAACCCCCAAGAGUUCCAGGACCUUCCCAACCAGGGAGAUGGUUGCCAGGCACAGGAGGGUAAUGGAGUGGCCGUAUUCCCCAGUAAAAUGCAUCCUUACCUGCUGUCCAGACGACAGAGUUUGGAGACGCAGUACCUUGCUCAGAGAUUACAGAGAGCCAGUUUGUUAGCGAGUGGCCCUGGAAGUGGACAGAUGUUCUGCAAGGACAUGCCGCCUCGCAGUUUGGAACAACAGCUCCAGGAACACCGGCUACAGCAGAAGAGGCUUCAUCUCCAGAAGCAGUCUCAGCUUCAGGCGUAUCUCCACCAGAUGCAGCUUGCAGAAGAUUCUUACUCCACAGCUUUGGACUGUGGAGAACCCCAGCAGAGUAGCCCUCUGUCCAGCCCCUCCUUCACAAGGACGCAGCCCCUCAGCCCCGUCCUGGAGCCCAGCACUUUCCCCAUGGCCUACAGCCGCCCCGGUGGCCACAUCUCAGACCUGCACUUUACGCCGCCCCUGUCGGAGUUACCCGCCUACAGCCGGCCCGGCUACACCCUCCCUGUCCCGGCCGAGCCACUGUACGCCUGGAGCCCAGCUCAGCCCCCUCUUCCUCCGGGCCAGGGGGAGGUUUUGGCCGCCCAGCCCAACACGGAGGCUCCUUACUUGGACUGCGAGAUGAUGGAAACGGUGGAGGCCCAGCAUGGUUACGUGAUGGUGAACUAAACAGCUCCGGGGUGCAUCACGUCUCGCGGCGAGGCAGGCGCUCGAAGAGGAGUCUUUUCACCAAGAGGCCUCAGGGAGAAAUAAAACUGCGUCGUAAUAGCAAUUUAGAGGCGCGAUACUUAACAAACGCACCUCUCUACUUCCUCCCUCUCCUAAGACUGCGCUCAGGUCAGGGUACAAUGGACAUGUAUUGUCCCUCACUUGUGAGACUGGGGAUAAAAAAAUAAAAAAAAACCCUGACAGAUGAUCAUUUUAUAGAAGACCUCUUCUUGGGAGUUAAUUCAAUAAGCACAAAGGAAAUAAAAAGAGACACGCAAGUAGAAGUGCAGUUACAGAUGGAUUUUUAUAUCAGUAUUAAAGCAAUAUAUUGUACCCAGAAUGCUCUGUACAUUUCUGAUAGUUUGAUUUAUUAAGCAAGUUAAA